GUCCUACUCUACUGCGCGGAUGCGCGCAAGCAUUUAUCCUCAGCACCUUUGGAGCGAGGGUCGAAGUAUGAACUAGCGAUUAUUUCGUUUGUAAACAAGCUAUUUUAUCGCGAGUUAUUUUUAUCUCGCACGGAUUCUCUAUGGGGUCCCAACAGUUCUGUUUGAAGUGGAAAAGCCACUACAACAACCUCCUGAGUGCAUUGGACCAACUUCUGUUCAGUGAAUCGUUUACUGAUGUUACACUAGCUUGCGAAGGCCUCACCCUGAAAGCGCACAAGGCCGUGUUGUCGGCUUGUAGCCCAUUUUUUCAGGGCCUGUUUGUAGAAAAUAAGUGUCAGCACCCCAUCGUGAUCCUGAAAGAUUUUAAGUAUGCUGAGCUGAGAGCUAUUGUGGACUUCAUGUAUCAUGGAGAAGUGAACGUAUCUCGCGAGCACCUUUCGUCUCUUCUGAAAGCUGCAGAAGCGCUACAGGUGAAGGGUCUGACAGACCUAACCGGUGACACACCAGAACUCUCUGAAGAAAUGCAAAGCGUCGAUGUGCCAUGCAUACCCACAGAGUCUUCCAGUACUGGUAGUAAAAGAUCCGCCAAGUCUCCUCCAACGAGCAAACGUAAACGAGUGAAGCCGCGUCAUGUCUCUCCACGGGGGGCAAGAAGUGAUCAGGGAAACGCCCAUUCUUCUGCUGAUGAACAGACGUGCGACCAGGAUGGAGAAAAUUCAAACGGUACAGACGUGGCUGUCUCCCCAUUGCACUUAAACUCUGUCAGCGUUGGGUCUCCGUCGGCAACCUUCACCACUGGAAGCAACCUCAACAAGUCCAAGCCCCGUUCUUCGGUGCUGGAAACUCUGCUUUCGGCCAAAGACUUCAAGGCGCAAGACAUGGAGGCAGAGUUUGAACCUUCAAAGCUCAUAGAGCAGGCCCUGGCAGCUGAAUCUCCUCAAGAUCCAGCAGCUGGCAUACUAAAUGAAGAGAGCCAUCAAAAGCUGUUUCCAGCAUCCUCGCAGCUAAGUCUGCUUGCAACUGCCAAAAUGUUAGAAUCCCAGUCGACAACAGCAGACGGUGACUCGUCGGCCCCCGUGCUGCCCUCUUUCACGGAUAGCCCUUCUAACAGCACAUCGAACCAAGGUACUCAACCGCUGUUUCCUGCACGAGGUGGCCGUAAUUCUGGCUGGACGGAAGACCAGAUGCAGAAGGCGCUCAACGCAGUAUUUUCUGAAGGGGUUCCCAUGACGACCGCGGCUCGCAGGUUUGGCAUACCCAAGACGACGUUGCUCUAUCGACUUCAGAACUCUUUCAGUGCGUUGGAAUGGGUUCCUUUUUUGUUCUCCGGUCAUUGCUACUGCAACAUCUGGCAUUCAUCAGUGGAGGCUGCAGUUCAGGUGCCAUUUGUGUCGAGUCUACUGACGUUCACUGCUGAUUGUGAAACUUGUCAGCUGAUGCACGUCCAGCAGUCGAAGCAAAGGAACAUUUUACCAGUGGCAUUAUUUUAUAUUCUAGUCACUCGAUGCUGCAGCAAGUGCAUGACAACGUGUCAGGCCAUUUUAAAUGUUGGACACAUGCAGGUACCCGCAAACUUUUUUUGCUUUGUGCCCGUACUUAUUGUGGUUUAUCGCACAUAAUUACACAUGGCGUACCUAUAUGUAUCUCCAUCGCAUGUACACAAUCUGAAACUUCAAAUCCUUUCAUCCAUUUUCUGUCGCUUCUGUUUCUGUUUGGAUGCAUCACAGAAAAGACACAAAGUCAGCAGAGCGGUGGGAGCUUUUCGUAGUAUCACUUUUAUCAGAGUUUAAUUAAUUUAAAUUACACGUACCUGUAAUUGCCAUUAUGAAAUGCAAGUUCCUUGUACUGUGCCAAAUGUAUUUUUUAUAGUGUGCCCGGUCCAAUACCAGAUGUCUAGAAAUUUUGAGAUAGUAUUGUGUCGUAGCAGUAUGGGGUGGGUGAGCACCAACAAAUUACUGGAAAUGACAUCACGUUGCAUCACACUACCAUUGUUUUCUGUUUUUCAAGCUACCAGUGUUACACGAAGUAGCACAAUACUUGCAUUCGUGGUAAUGCUGUUUUUUUUUUUUUUUCGUCUCCAUCAUGUCACUUUUUGUCACUUGCUAUACAGAUAUCUUUCUUCAUUGGUAGGUAGACCGUAUUCUUACCAUCUUAUAGUCACGACCUACUUCUACGGAUAGAGACCUGGGCAUACAAAACCUCCCAGUACCACGGCAGGAGUUCCAUCGUUCGCCACCAGGUGGAGGACAUGGCGCUAGCUUGCACUAUUUGCUAUCACAUGAUUUGCCGCAACCGCAGCAAGGCUGACAACGAAGAAGACUGACCACAGACACACCACGCAGUCGACAAACGACUGUAGUCAUGUUGAUGAUGAUGUACAUGUCAUUUCUGCUCCGGAUGAUGCGGAGUAGUGGCCACAAACCUUUGACGUGGUUGUCCUCUAGAAGAUUGCUGCACACCCAGGCUUCUAUCUAUAGUAGUAGGUCGUGCUUCUAGUUUUCCUAAUAAGAGAGUUAAACAGAGUGUGCUAUUGGAACAGCUGUGUUACAUUGCAGACAGGGAAUUCAAUAGGACCUGUCGAUUUAGGUCUCCUUUCUGACGGGCAAGACCAGUUUUCUCUUGCACAAACCUCCUCUUUUUCUUUUUUUUUUCCUCAGCAGGACAGUCCGUGUUUGUUUGCAUUGCUAUAUUUGACACUAUUUCAAAGUGCUACUGUAAACAUUUUUUAUCUGUAUAAUAGUACACGGUCAACCCUCUAUUUGUGAAAUCCCUCGCUUUACGAACGGUUCGUCGCUGAACGAAACACUUCCCCAUGUGUUUGUCCCUCGGUUUAUGAACCCUCGAUAUCCGAAAGGUGAACACACUGGACACAGGAAACUUACAAUUUUUUACCUCGGUUUAUGAACAGGACAACUCUGGUCGCUCACAUCAAUAGCGCAGAAGAGUCAAUGGAGGUCACAGGAGGUCCAACAUUAUCUCGGGUCGAGACUGUAGGGAGGAUGACCAAUUCGGCAAGUGAAGGGUCAGUGGGUGCAUUAAGUAGGCUCCCCUCUUUUGGCGCACUCAAAUCGGGAGUAGGAGACACUCUGAGCACGGCCACUGAGCAGCGAAAAGCAACUUUGGAGCGCCACACGGCUUGCUCGCUGGUGCCGCUUCUUGUCGUCUGCUCAUGCAGUGCACAGACGGAGGACACGUUGGCUUAGUUUGAAUCCAUAGCAACAUUGGAAGAGACGACGGCGGUUGCGAAGACCUUCCCUUGUAACAGCGAAUGAAAUGAAAAAGAUGGGAAUUUGUAACAGACACCAUAGGAGCUAUUUACUGCGAAGAUGACCGCACGGCGUGAAGGCGUCCGCAUUAAAGCACCACAUAUCCCGCGAAUAACCGCAGUUAUCCGUGUGGAGGUUGUCCACUAAUAAAAGAAACAUGAUAACAGUUAUAAAAAUAUUACAGUUUACUGAAAUCGGAGCAUUGGGUAACAUAGAAAAUUUGUAUUUUGCUUCUGAGCCCACACUUCAAAGGUCGUCCCGCCGCCGCUCAACAGGAAGUACGUCACGGAAAAUCUCGAGCACCGGGGUGCUUGUCGUCUGCUUUUGUGUACCCAAAUGAAAUGGGGGCGCAAAAAGUGGCUCGGAGUCUCACAUUCCUGGGUACACGAGCGGUGCUGGGAAAUGUGAGUGGACGAGGAGGAGACUCGAGAUGGGAUAAAUAACGGACAACAAAUUCUCAGACACAGCAACAAAUUUUAAUGGUACACCACGCUUAUAUACACAAAAAUCUCCGGAGAGGAUGAAUGGGCACAAAGGAUGGCUUGCUAACGCAACUGCCACUUGUAGCUAUCUCCAAUGACUCCAUAAGCAACCUACGCCAUAGGUCCCUUUCUUUACACAAUACAUCAGCCUGAAACACCCACGCCCCGGGGUGCCUACUUAACGCACCCAAUGACUAUGGAGGUUUUAUACAGUGGCCCCAGAAGUGUCAGAACAAGGUCAGAUUGGGCUUUUCGUCCUGAGCGCGUUGCCACUUUAAAGACAGACUCGGAAACGGAAGGCCAUAUGGGAUCUUGACGACAAGAAUGAUGUCUCUAGUGUCAGCUUAUUGUCUUCUCUCCUGGGCAAAAUCAACACUGGAGAGUCAAUGCACCAGAGUAGUUUUACACACUUUUUUUCAAAAAUUAAUUGAAGAAGACGAAUAAAAAAUGGGCUAAAAUUGCCACAUCACGUCAUCAGGACCGUCUCUUCUUUCAUUAGUGCUCAAUUUCAUACCUCGAUUUAUAAAUCCCUCGUUUUAUUAACAAUUUUCGAGGAAACUGUCACUGUUCACUAAUCGGGGGUUGACAGUAGUAUAUACUUUUUGGUAAAAGAAGCACUUUUUGUUUCUCUAGUGAAUACACAUUGCUCAUGGUCCCAUAGCACGCCAGGUUUGUUUCUCUUAUUGGAAAACUGUUGAUGUUUCGACCUUUCAUAUUGUUCUUCACACAACAUUGUAUCUUACUUCCUUAUACAUGGUCAUAUUUGUACUUACAUUUUAACACUUGCUGUUGACAGAAUGUUGCUAUUGUUUUAAAUUGAGAAUAUUGCAUGUGGAAUGAGAACCAAAAAUUGCUGUUAUGAGGUUAUCAUAGCACUAGUCAAAAUCGAAGUAGUCUGUGCAUUGGGGCAUUGCAUGUUAGCAAUAUGUAACAACAGGUCUUACAUACCGUCGGGUCAUAAAAAUGCUUGCACAGCAAGUUAUGAGAGUCGAUAGGCAUUGCAUUACCUUAUGCACAAAGCUCAAAUAAUGCAGUUCCGAACAAAUAGUAUUUUUACUUGUUGACCGUGAUUCCACUGUUACAUUGUUGCUAUCAUGCCUUGCCUGCUUGCCCCUGUAUUGCUUUUAUGUGUUCUCUUGUUAGUGAUUAUGCUAGUCCCUCAAACUAAAGCUAUUUGUAAUGGCAGAAAUGACCGUCACAGAUAAUGGCCACAGGAUUUUGAUUUUAUUUGUGACUAUCUGCACCUUUUAUUGCCAUAAUUUAAGCUUUCAAGCCAAAUCAGGGGUGUUGUAUUGUAAAGCAUAAAGUUAUAUGAUGCUUGCAGACGUAUUUUGUAUUUUGCACACGUAGUCAGAGUAGCAAGUGAAGCUCCUCAUAUGUGCAAAGUUUUUAUAUUCUGUGCAACGCAAGAACAACAAAGACAGGACUUUCGGGUGACGUCAGGAAUUGAACUAUGUCGUAGAGCGCUCAAAUACACAACAUGGCAGAGGGUGACGAAGAACUCAUAGAGACAGUUAGUAAAGACGGAUAGGUGAUGUCUCUGGUCUCCUCUGUCCUAAAAAUUUUGCACUGCAGCAGGCUUCAUAUAACGUGUAACUUAUUGGUGGGAGGACUCCUUGUCGUUGUUCUCCAGCCUAUGAUUUUCAAGGACAUCCUGUUCAAGGACAUGAGGAACAAAUGAUGGCACGACUGACGUCCUUCUAGUUUUUCUCGAGUUUCACAGAAUAUAGAUCCUAGAGCAGUGGCGUAGCAGUGGGGGGGGGGAUGAACCCGCAACCCCAAAACCGUACCUCUGGUAGUGCGUUUGGGAGAGGGAAACGAGGGUGCAAUCCCCCUCCCCUUGUAAAGUCCCCAGAGAACCCCUCCUGAAAUAUUUUUCUGGCUAUGCCACUGUUCUAGAGAUUAAGAUUGCAUUGCAGAGGUGUGCUGUAUGUAACUGCUCAGUUGCAGGAAAUGUAAAUGUAAAAUAUUGUACACGUAACAUCCUCAAUUGCUAAGUGAGGGAAUGCAGUGGGUACAAUAUUUUAUGCAUUAACACAUUUGUGUUGUGGUACAAAAGGCAUUUCACUGUUGUAGUUAUUAGAAUCCCUGUGCAACAUGAGUAUACUAUACACAAUGUCAUUUUCUAAAGUGGUAAUUAAAGGCACCUAUGUUUGCUAA